GUCACACAAUGGCCAACAACCGACGCCAAUCAAUAGUAGUGUUGUUGUAGUAGUGACCAGAGUUAUGGCUGCGGCGGCGGCGGCACCCGAUUUGGUGGACCCGAUAGUAGUAGUAUCAAUAACUGGAGCGGCGGCAUCGGUAUUAGCCGAUUGUUGACCAACAGUAGUAGCAUUAAUAACAUUAACCGAUGGAACGGUAAGCAUAUAUGGAGGGAAAGGGUUCGGAAAAUUUGGACAAAACGGGUGGCAAUCAUGUAAUCACUGGAAUACCGGUUGAAAUGGCAUCCGAACGGACAAAAUUAGGUGACAUAGAGUUAGAUAUGGAUAUCACCGACAAAAGCAAAUCCUAUCGAAAGUCCAAACGACCCGAACUGGUUGUCCAUCCGAAAGCCGAACAGAAGACUACCGGCGGCGAUGACGGUGGCGGUGAUGGCGUCCAAACAACAACAGCAGCUGAUAAUGAAUCAGAUAGUGACGUAAAACUGGCCGCACAUAUGCCCGACAAUGACGCUAAGGGACAGCCGUUGUCAUCAUCAUCAGUGACCAAACCUCGGUUUAGGGGUCUUAUACCUCCAUUUAUGAUUACCAUUCCAACUGUUAAUGUUAUCAAUGCUACUAUUGUUGGUCAACAAUCGGCUAAUACUACAACUAGUGGCGGUGGCGGUGGUGGUGACCAAUCGGCUAAUACCGAUGCCCCUCCAGUUACUGAUACUACUAUCGGGUCCACCAAAUCGGGUGCCGCCGCCACCGCAGCCAUAACUCUGGUCGCUACUACAACAACACUACCAUUGAUUGGUCGGUUGUUGGCCAUUGUGUGGCCAAUUGUUAUGCGUUCGUUGUCGUCAUCGUCGGCAUUGUUCUCGUAUAUAUAA